GGACUCUAGCUGACCAAAAAUAAGAAUAAUCAAAGUCCUUCAAUGGGAGAAUGACGGAGAUAUCUUCUUUUCUUAGAAAAAUACAUUUUCAAUCUCUCUUUAUUAGAUCUAAAGAGAUCUAGAGAGAGAAAGAUGCUCCCAGGCGUAUAUCUUAUUUUCUUUUCUUCUUUCUUUCUUUCUUUGAUAAAGCAAGAUGUUAUCUACCUAUAUUUUCACCUAACACACUUCUUCAGCUUCAUCUUUAGCUUCGUUGUUGCUUGGGGAAAAUAUUACCUCUUUCUUUCAACAUGGGGAAUGGUGUGUCUUUCCAAUGUUCUUGCGAUCAAACGCUGAAUCACAUCUUUAGAUGGUUUUGUGGUAAAGGUUAUAUUCGAAACCUCAAGAAGAAUCUCACAGCCUUGAAGAGGGAAAUGGAAGAUCUCAAAGCAAUAAAAGAUGAGGUGCAGAACAGGGUAUCGAGAGAGGAGAUACGACAUCAACAAAGACUUGAAGCUGUCCAGGUAUGGCUUACCCGUGUCGAUAGCAUUGAUUUACAAAUCAAAGAUCUACUUAGUACUUGUCCCGUUCAGCACCAGAAGUUGUGUCUCUGUGGUUUGUGUUCAAAAAAUGUAUGUUCGAGCUACAGUUUUGGGAAAAGGGUAUUCUUGUUGUUGGAAGAUGUUAAGAAACUCAACUCAGAGAGUAAUUUUGAAGUGGUUACUAAGCCUGCCCCGAUAUCUGAAGUUGAGAAGAGGUUUACUCAGCCUACUAUUGGUCAGGAAAAGAUGCUCGAAACAGCAUGGAAUCGCCUUAUGGAAGAUGGAGUCGAAAUCAUGGGUUUGCACGGCAUGGGUGGUGUAGGAAAAACUACCCUUUUCCAUAAAAUCCACAAUAAGUUUGCUGAAAUACCUGGUAGAUUUGACGUUGUGAUAUGGAUUGUGGUGUCGCAAGGUGCAGAGAUUUCAAAGCUUCAAGAAGAUAUUGCAAAAAAGCUACACCUUUGGGACGAGGUGUGGAAGGACAAAACUGAAAGUGUUAACGCCGCUGAUAUACACAAUGUUUUACAGAGGAAGAGAUUCGUUUUGAUGUUAGAUGAUAUAUGGGACAAAGUGGAUUUACAAGCCCUCGGAGUUCCAAUUCCGACCAGAGAAAAUGGAUGCAAAGUAGCAUUCACCACUCGUUCCCGAGAAGUAUGUGGGCGGAUGGGGGAUCAUAAACCAGUGGAAGUUCAAUGUUUGGGACCAAAGGAAGCAUGGGAAUUGUUUAAAAACAAGGUCGGAGACAACACAUUAAGAAGAGAUCCUGUCAUUGUCGAGCUUGCAAGAAAGGUCGCUGAAAAAUGUGGUGGGCUGCCACUGGCGCUCAAUGUCAUUGGUGAGGUGAUGGCAUCUAAAACUAUGGUACAAGAAUGGGAGGAUGCAAUCGAUGUUUUGACAACAUCCGCCGCAGAGUUUCCUGAUGUGAAAAAUAAAAUUCUUCCAAUUCUAAAGUACAGCUACGAUAGCUUGGUGGAUGAAAAUAUCAAGACAUGUUUCCUAUAUUGUGCUCUCUUUCCGGAAGAUUUUAAUAUAGGUAUGGAAAAGUUGAUAGACUACUGGAUAUGCGAAGGAUUCAUCGGAGACUACUCUGUUAUAAAAAGAGCGAGGAAUAAGGGUUAUACGAUGCUCGGUACCCUUAUUCGUGCAAAUUUACUGACGGAGGUUGGUAAAACAUCGGUUGUGAUGCAUGACGUGGUUCGCGAAAUGGCUCUAUGGAUUGCAUCUGAUUUUGGGAAACAGAAGGAGAAUUUUGUGGUGCGAGCAGGAGUCGGAUUACAUGAAAUACCAGAAAUCAAGGAUUGGGGAGCUGUGAGAAGAAUGUCAUUAAUGAAGAAUAAUAUUAAAGAGAUAACAUGUGGUUCCAAGUGUUCUGAACUUACAACUUUGUUCCUUGAAGAAAAUCAAUUGAAGAAUCUAUCAGGUGAAUUCAUUCGGUGUAUGCAAAAGCUAGUUGUUUUGGAUUUGUCAUUGAAUCGCAACUUAAAUGAACUUCCAGAGCAGAUAUCAGAGCUGGCCUCCUUGCAGUAUCUUGACUUGUCGAGUACAAGUAUAGAGCAACUGCCUGUUGGUUUCCAUGAGUUGAAAAAUUUAACUCAUCUGAAUUUGAGUUAUACAUCAAUCUGCAGUGUGGGUGCGAUAUCAAAGUUGUCGAGUUUAAGAAUUUUGAAACUAAGAGGUUCUAAUGUUCAUGCCGAUGUAAGCUUAGUGAAAGAGCUGCAGCUCUUGGAGCAUCUACAAGUUCUAACCAUAACGAUAUCUACGGAAAUGGGGCUGGAGCAAAUAUUAGAUGAUGAAAGGUUGGCGAACUGCAUCACUGAACUGGGGAUUAGCGAUUUUCAACAAAAGGCAUUCAAUAUAGAAAGGUUGGCGAACUGCAUCACUGAUCUGGAGAUUAGCGAUUUUCAACAAAAGGCAUUCAAUAUAUCAUUGCUGACGAGUAUGGAGAAUCUUCGUUUGCUCAUGGUGAAGAAUAGUCAUGUUACAGAGAUUAAUACAAAUCUGAUGUGCAUAGAAAACAAGACAGACUCGUCUGAUUUACACAAUCCGAAAAUUCCAUGCUUUACCAAUCUCUCCACCGUGUAUAUAACGUCCUGCCAUAGCAUUAAGGAUCUGACUUGGCUUCUGUUUGCUCCAAAUCUUGUCUUCCUACGUAUUUCAGAUUCAAGAGAAGUGGAAGAAAUUAUAAACAAAGAGAAAGCAACCAAUCUUACAGGUAUUACACCAUUUCAGAAACUAGAAUUCUUCAGUGUGGAAAAACUGCCGAAGCUGGAGAGUAUCUACUGGAGUCCUCUCCCCUUUCCAUUAUUGAAGCACAUAUUUGCAUAUUGCUGCCCAAAGCUGAGAAAGCUUCCCUUAAAUGCUACAAGUGUUCCACUAGUUGAUGAAUUUAAAAUUGAGAUGGAUUCUCAAGAAACUGAGCUUGAAUGGGAGGACGAAGAUACCAAAAAUCGAUUCUUGCCUUCAAUCAAACGGCUGCUGGUUUAUGGGAUCUAAAAGAUCCAUUACUCAGGAUUGGAAAUCCUCACUGUCUAAAAUCAGAAUCCACAUACGGUUUUUCUUCUUCUAUUGCUUUAUCUUUAUUCUUCUAGUGUGUGUUGUGUUGUUCACUUGGAAUUUUUUUUUUUUUUUGGACAAAUUUGUUCACUUGGAUUAUGUUAUUAUAUUUUUCUUAUUGUAUUACUUAUUGGAUGUUUUUUUAAUUUUAUUUUGGGUUUUGAUUUAGAUCAAAUUCCAAGCUUCUAUCUUUUGCAUUUCUCUUC